AGCGCGCGUGCGCUGAUCCUCCAAUGGAGCCAUGUAACUGACUAACGGCUCCGGUUAUUGAUUAAACCCGCGGGUCUGGCGCUCAACGAGCCCGCUACAUAAGGCAUGAGAAGCGGCGUGGAGGCCGAGAGCCACCGGGAAACGUCAAUGCAGGAAGGUGAUCACGGGACGACGAUCUGACCCUACGCACAUUUUUUUUUUUUUGAGCCUUGUAACACGAUCCGUUCAGUUCCAGAGACCUUUAAAUAUAUUGCAAGGUCCACGUGGUGUAAAGUGAGCCAGUACAACUGUCCAGUGCUGCUCGGGACACUUCUGCUGACUGUCCUGCCAAGUAAGUGCCCUUUCUUUCAUACUGAAAGAGAAGAGGGACGUGGAACGUUCAGAUCUUCCCCCGACUUAAAUAUUGCAUUGAAGUUCUUCUUGGCUUCUCCUAACCAGAUUGUGAAAUGUGCCCUCCUCUUAUCAGCUGGCCUUAAAAAAAAGAAGAAGGUGGAGGAGGAGGAGGAGGUGGAGGAACGGCUGCAGUGAAUGGGGAACAUAAUUUGUAUGCUACCGAAGUUCAGGCAGGAUCUUAUGCAAAGCGUGGAGAGGGCUAAAGCACCUGCCUCUUUUACUCAACCUGUAGAGCGUGAAUUAUAAAUCGAGGAGCUGAGGAUCCACAUCUUGGAUGGGAUAGAUUGACACUGUAGAGCAGCUGAAGCACCGAUCAAAACUUAGCACUGACUAAAAGCGUCAUUCGUUUCUUCUGAUACAACUCUCAACUUCAAGGCUUCCGCAUGGUCCUCUGGUCGAAAGAGCAAGACAAACUGCCCAACAUGUCCGCGGGGACGGAAAUCAGAAAGGUGAAGAAGGACUUCAUCUCUUCGAACGGUUCAGUCCACCCGGUCAUCCUGGCCGCAGGAGCUGAGGAGAGGCAGCCAAGCGGCGGCGAGUACGAGCUCACUGAGGUGACAUCUUUGCCAGAACGACCCGAGGCGGAAAACGAGCGGACAGAAAUGGUGGUGAUCGACUGUCACGCCGACGCCACGGGUCAGAGGGAGGAGGACGCCCUGCUGGAGAACGGCAGCCAAAGCAACGAGAGUGAUGACACAAGCGCGGACCAAAGCCCAGUGCCACCAGUUCCUCUAAAGGAGACGUCAAUUUCCAUAGGACUGCAGGUCGUGUUCCCUUUCCUGCUGGCCGGGUUUGGGACGGUGGCCGCUGGUAUGGUCCUCGACAUUGUUCAACAUUGGACGGUGUUCUCCGAGGUGAACGAGGUCUUUAUCCUGGUGCCUGCUCUUCUGGGCCUGAAGGGGAACCUGGAGAUGACACUGGCCUCCAGACUGUCCACCGCAGCUAAUAUCGGACAGAUGGACACAGCCAAGGAGAUGUGGAAAAUGAUCAUGGGGAACCUCGCACUAAUUCAGGUUCAGGCCACUGUGGUUGGUUUCCUAGCCUCCAUCGCGGCAGUCAUUUUUGGCUGGAUCCCAGAGGGCCAAAUCAAGAUAGGUCAUGCUGUUCUGCUCUGUGCAAGUAGCGUAGCUACAGCCUUCAUCGCUUCCCUGCUGCUAGGUCUUAUCAUGAUCGGCGUGAUCAUCGGCUCCAGAAAGGUUGGCAUUAACCCGGACAACGUGGCCACGCCCAUCGCUGCCAGCCUCGGAGACUUGAUUACUCUGGCUCUACUUUCUGGCAUCAGCACAGGACUCUACAACGAGCUGGAUUAUAACGAUUACGCCAAUCCGCUAGUCUUCGUAUUUUUCAUUGCCUUGACGCCUAUCUGGGUCCUGAUCGCCCGACGAAUCCCCUCCACCCGAGAAGUGCUGUACUCGGGGUGGGAGCCUGUGAUUAUCGCCAUGGCAAUCAGCAGUGUUGGAGGCCUCAUCCUGGACAAAACUGUGUCUAAUCCCAACUAUGCUGGAAUGGCGGUGUUCACUCCGGUCAUCAACGGCGUGGGAGGUAAUCUGGUGGCGGUCCAGGCCAGUCGCAUCUCCACAUACCUGCACAUGACUGGCCUCCCCAUUACAGAGGCAAAUCCACCUCCACAGAAAUGCCCCACACCCUGCAGCACGUUCUUCGGCUCAGGCGUGAAUUCUCGUUCUGCCCGAGUGCUCUUCCUCCUGGUGGCUCCCGGUCACCUUGUUUUCCUAUACACCAUCAACUUCAUGCAGGGCGGGCACACCACCCUCACCUUCGUCUUCAUCGCUGUCUACCUGACCGCUGCCUUGCUCCAGGUGAUGAUCCUGCUGUAUCUGGCUGACUGGAUGGUGCAUUGGAUGUGGAAGAGAGGGAUGGAUCCUGAUAACUUUUCCAUUCCCUACCUAACAGCCCUUGGUGACUUGCUUGGCACGGGCUUCCUGGCCCUGUGCUUCCAUAUCCUCUGGAUGAUCGGCGAUGGAGACAUGGACGUGGGAGACUGAACAGCUCUGCUGAACACUCACGGAAACCUCACGAGCCUUUAUUUAAUCAAAAAAAAAUCACCACAAUGAGAUCUGCGAUAUUAUGGCGACAGUAGCCACUAUGAUUAUAAUAAUAAUUCGUAAUACUAUUGCUGUAGUGGUAUGUAAUGAAGAUUACAUUAUGGCUUAUCUUCUCAUGGGAGAACAGGAAUCCUCAUUAUUUUUCAAUGGGGAUGUUCAGCCCCUUUUUAUUCUCAGAGGUGUUGACAGCAACGUGUUGGAGUUUAAAAGGAAAGGUCAACUUAAACUUGAAGUUUUCACAAGAAUUAGGAUGCUCAGACACCAAGUGCUCUCUGUGUAAGUGAUAUAAAUGAAGCAAUUAGUGGAAGUUUCCAGACCACAGCAAAGUGACCUUGAGUAUGCGUUGAUUACCUCUUAAGUUCCUCAUUAAUCUUUGAGAAGUUGGAGCAGCAGAUUAAUCUAAUAUCAGAUCGAGAUCAGAUAUACCACAGCAUACACGCCUGCGCCAUCACCUCCACCAUGGGUUAUGAAAUCGGGCUAAAACGAUGCGAGUGCUGGUAAUAAAAGCUCCUGUACUGUACAAUUAGAGAAUAAAUGCACCACUUUUGGUUAUCCACGUCACUUUCAGGCAGAGUCAGGAGAAAGCGAGCGGGUCAAGUGCUUUUCUUUUUUUCCUGAUUCUUUGUGAGCAUGUAACAUUUUUCUAUUAAACUGUCUUCUUAAUAAUUAUGCUACAAAGCUUAAAAGGGCUACUUUGUAAUGCAGAUCCGCUGCAUG